GCCAGCCCAGCGCCCCUCCCGCUGGGGGCGGGGCCCAGCGUUCGCGCGCCCCAUCGCGCCUCAGUCGCGAGCCGGUUUCCACAGCAACCUCGCUUCUCCUCGCUCCGCGCUUCCCGGCCUGGAGGCUGCGCUUCCGCGUUCCCAUGGGGCUCAGCGGCGUCAGCUUUAUUGGACAUUCCGGGAGGCGGACGGGUCCCGAGCGGGGUCAGAGCCAGGAGGUAAUUUAGCCUCCUGGGAUGCCAUCAAAAGAAAAGGUGGAGGGAAUCCUGAAGGUGGUAGAUUUAGACUGAAUUAAUUUUUACCUGGUUGUCAGUUCAAUAAUAUUAGCCAGGAUGGAUACUUUCACCAGCAUACUUCCUCCAAUAAGUGGAAAUACGGAUCUUGCUAGUUCACAAGCAGAAAUACAAAAACUUUUAAUCGAUGAGAGAAUGCGGUGUGAAAAUCAUAAAACAAAUUAUCAAACUCUAAAGGCAGAGCAUACAAGGUUACAGGAUGAGUAUACGAAAUCACAAAAUGAGCUCAAACGGUUGUUAGUUGAAAAGCAAACCAUCCAUGACAAAUUUCAGUUUCUUCUUGCUGAGCUCCGAGGGGAAUUAUUAGAUAAAACUAGGGAACUAGAGGAACUGAAGAUGCAGGUACUAACUCCUCAAAAACUGGAGUUGCUAAAAGCACAAAUACAACAUGAAUUGGAAACCCCUAUGAGAGAACGCUUUCGGAAACUAGAUGAAGAGGUAGAAAAAUACAGAACAGAAUAUAACAAACUUCGUUAUGAACAUACCUUCCUCAAAUCAGAAUUUGAGCACCAGAAGGAAGAACAUGCACGUAUUUUAGAAGAGAAAAAAAUAAAGUAUGACUCAGAGAUAGCAAGACUGGAUAGAGAUAAAGAAGAACUGCAUAAUCAGCUGCUUAGUGUUGAUCCCACAAGAGACAAUAAGCGGGUGGAGGUACUCCUAAGAGAAAAGGCUCAACUACAUCAAAAAUUAAAAGGUUUAGAAGCUGAGGUAGCAGAACUAAGAGCAGAGAGAGAAAAUAGUGGUGUGCAAGCAGAUAAUGUCCAAAGAAUACAGGUACGGCAGUUGGCGGAGAUGCAGACUACAAUGAGAUCUCUGGAGGCAGAAAAGCAGUCAGCUAAGCUCCAAAUUGAUCGCAUUGAAAAAGAACUACAGAUGAGUAAUGAGCAGAAUACUCUCUUAACCAGCAAACUGCACAAAGCCGAACGAGAAAUCAGUGCCUUGGCCACUAAAGUAGAUGAACUUAAGCAUUCACACAAAUUAGAAGUAACUAAUGUCAGACUGGAGGCAGCAAGAGCCAAGAGUGAGGUAGAAAGAGAGAGAAACAAGAUUCAAAGUGAAAUGGAUGGAUUGCAUUCAGAUAAUGAAAUUCUCAAGGCAGCAGUUGAACGCCACAAAGUGCUUUUAGUAGAAAAGGAUCGUGAGCUCAUUCGUAAAGUACAAGCUGCCAAAGAAGAAGGCUUUCAAAAACUUGCAGCAUUCCAGGAAGAAAAGUUAGAACUUGAGAACAGAUUAGGUGAGUUAGAGAAAAUGAAAGUGGAACAAGAUGCUUGGAGGCAAUCUGAAAAGGAUGAGUAUGAAGAGAAAUUGCGUGUUAUGCAGCUGGCAGAAGAGUCUAACAGAAGGGAGCUUCAGAAUGUUAGGUUAAAAUUUCAACAGCAAAUUAUUCAGUCUGAGGAGUUAGAAAAAGAGAAAAGUGAAAAUGCUGAUCUUAAACAGCAAAUUCAUGAUUUGGAACUCCAAGUGGCCUCGCUUUCUCAGUCUGAAAAUGACUUGCUUGAUUAUAAUCAAAAGCUGAAGGAAAUGGUGGAGAGAUUAAAACAAGAAUGUCGAAAUGCAAGAAGUCAAGCAGAAAAAGCUCAGCUAGAAGCAGAGAAGAUAUUGGAAGACAAAUGUGUAGAGUGGUUGGAAGAAAAGCAUAAAUUUAUUCACCGCAUCACAGAAAGAGAAGAGAAGUAUGACCAGGUGAAAGAGAAACUACACCGGGCUGCUGUUGCUCAAAAAAAGAGAAAGGCUCUUAAUGACAAUAAACAAAAGAGGCUGCAGGAGAAAAUAGAACUCUUGGAAGCAAAGAGAGAAGAACUAGAAACAGAAAACCAGGUGUUAAAUAGACAGAAUGUUCCCUAUGAAGAAUACACUCGCCUUCAGAAAAGACUAAAGGAUUUACAGCGCAGACACAAUGAAUUCCGGAGUUUAAUUCUGGUUCCUAACAUACCAUCACUCAAUCCAGUCAGUGGUAUGUCGUCUACCUUAGUUCCUGGGCCUGAAAUAUCUUUUCCCCAUCUGCAGGAGGAACAGCAUCAAAGGGAGCUCUCCCUACUUCGUAAGCGGCUAGAAGAUCUAGAAACCACACAGAGAAAACAGCUGCAAGAGCUCGGGCCACGUGGAGAGCGAGUUAGGCUGGGAGCGCACAGUGACUCUGGUAGAAGCAGGAUGGUUGAAGAGGACAAUAUACAAAUCGAGGACUCCAAAUAAAGCCUGCAAGUUUCAAUUACCAACUGACUUCAUUACUUUUUUCUUGUGUAGGUUUUUGAGUGCUUUGCCAAAAAACACAUUUGUAUGUGCCUCAUAUUAGAAGAAAGGAAGAAAUAUAAUCUGCGUAGUUUUGUAUUUUUGAUGGAACGCAAUGAGUUUAGUCAAACAUCAUAAUUCAAGGAAAAAGAAUGACUACACUUUGUCUAUCUAAGCAUAUACAAUGAUCGUGUUGCACAAAAAUGAUUCUUUAAAAAGAAUUGUCAAGUUUUGGUUUCAUUUUAAGCCAUUUUGGAAAAAAAACUUGUCUAGAAAAAUCCCUUGGAAUAACUGUUUCUUCAGGGAUGUUCCCUGCCCCUCCACCCACCUAGCCACUCUUUCUGUUACUGUGAAAUUGUGUUACGUUGUUCGCACAUUUUUUCUUUAAAAGCAAAAAAAAAAAAAAAAAAAAAACAAAAAAACCCAAAACACCUGAUACAGGAUCUGCAAAGAGGAGGAGGAAAACAGAUCACAUUUUGGACAAAACCGGGACCAUAACAAUGUACCUUUUGUAUUUUUUUUUUAUAUUGCAGUGAUUUAAAACAAAGUUAUGGGAAGACAUGGCUAAGUAACAAUCAAGGUUUUUAUCAAAUGCUACAUUAUAGAUGAAAUAUGAAUAUUUGCCUUUUAUAUCUUUUAGAGAUGUCUCAAUUUGUAUUUAAUAUAUUGUGUGCUUUGUUUACUUAAACCUGAUCACAUCUAUUUAUUCAAGGUUUAAUAUAUAUAUUUUAAUUCUC